GGCAUCGAGGGUGGCGAUCUGCUGAUGGUCGAUGCGCACUCGGACGAGGCGAUUGGAGCGUGCGAGAGAGGGGAGGCGAGUAUCGUUCGCGGCAAGGCGCCUGCUAAGCGGGGAUCGCGGCGGUCGAAAGAGCAAAGACAGGGUCCGAAUCGGGAGUCGACGUUCGGCGCCGCUUUGUUGCAGUUUCUUCCUCCCUCUCCAGCCGGCGGUGUCCCAUUCUGAUUUCCUCCGUCUUUGGGCAGAUUAACUCGCACGUCGCCCACGCCAUGUCCCGGAGUCCUCUCCCAAUCCGAGUUCUUCUAUGUUCCUCUGCGCCGUAUUAUAAUAAUUCUUUUCCGCUUCCACUCAUCCUGCCACUGCUCCACUCCGCCGCAAAAGAAUAUACAAGUCUAGGCCUCGUCGUACCUCCUUAUAAUAUUCCGUGUCUUGUUCAUCUCCACCACCUUUCUUUUCCUGCACGAUGUUCACUCCACAACUCCCUCCUCUCGACACCUCUGACUUCACUGGCGACACUCGCUCCCCUCCAUCUUCUCCAGACACUACUUCUCGGCCCUCCUCUGCUGACGGCUCCGAGCCCCUGCAGUAUGCUCCAUCAUCGCCCGCUACCUCAAGCUCGGGCUCUCCUCGUACUGAGCUUCGUCCUGCGCCUGUUUCGCCUGCUCCUGGUACCACCGUCACCAUACCCUCUGAAUCCUCUUCAAUGCUUCGUGCUCCGUCCAUCCUUCCUCCCGUCGACUUGCACAUCCCUUUGCCUCGCUCAGAGAGCGCACUGCGAAGUGCUGCUGCACCUAAAAGCCCCCGACCGGCAAUGGGCAUCGCUCAUCCUUACGCCCGCCUCUUCGUCAAAAAAGACGGCGCAAAACGCCGCAAAAUCUGGAACCAUGCACUGGAGAGAUAUGUCUUCACUCCAGAGGAGACUGCGUGCAUGAAAGCACCGCAACGACGCCCGAUUUACAUCGCCAGUCUCGAAGCCCACAUCGACGCACUUCACGCGGAGCUGCUCAAAGUGAACCUCGCACCCGUCAAUCUCCAAGACGUCGAUCUCUGGGCUGGACUGAACUCCAAGAUUGCCAAAAGCCUCGUCGCCGGUCUACAACAAGAUACAUCCCAAAUGAAGUCAAGGCUGCGUGAGCUAGAGAGAGCGAACUAUCGUCUCAACGCUGCUAUAGCGCGCGAAAAGCAGCUCGCUUCCCAUACGGCUUCCUUUGCCACCGUCGAUGCCAAGCCGAUGCAGACCGUCGUCGACUCUACUAAGCCCGAGGUGUGAGGCCUGGAGAGUGGGUGCGCUCAGGCUGCGCCGUCAUGGUGCUUGUCAUUUUGAUGUAGGGAAUUCAGUAUCUAGGAUCCGAGGAGUUACAUAUAGUAAAAAUCCUGCUUAUUUUUGUACUCGUACUACUUAGUCUCCCCUUUCCUAUUGCCCAACUCGUUUCUUGGCCUCUUCAUACUUUCCGUCUUGACGCCACAGAUUUUCAAGGACC